AUGUCUGAAAGAAGAAUUCGAGAUGGUUCGUUUGAUCGCUCACGUAUAUUCGCUUUCGGUUCGUCAACACCACGUCAAUUCGCUCAUUUAAAUAUGAUAACACCUUAUUUACGUGUGUAUGACGUAAAAAUUUGGUCGAAUAUUAGUAAACGAUCUGAAACAACUCCUAUUAUAACAGCCAGUCGUUCAAAAACUGUUCCAGCUCGUGCUCGGUUACACACAAAAGAAACACAUGUGAAAGAUAAGACACGAUCCGAAUAUAGUGAAAGUGAUAAUGCUACAAUAAGACGUAAUUAUGAACACCGAAAGACCGACUUGGAAACCAAGCCUCAAUUUUUAAAUGCGCUCGAAUCAAAUGCAAAUCACAUAUCCAACGUUGAAUCCAAUUCAGAUCUAUCAUUAAAUGCGGCGAAUUCCUAUGAAAAUAAUAUAUUAAAUGAGUAUGAUACGAACUGUUCAACUGCAUUAACCAAUUAUGUUUCGGAUAAAGAUGAUAACAAUAGUCUAGAGGAAUUCGCUACUAAUUAUCCAGUCACCAAUAUUACAAAAUCUUCGGAUGAAAGCGAAAUGAAAUUUGAGGGAUCAGAAAAUAAACGACCAGUGAUCCAGAAUGUUCAAGAAGAAACUAAAGCCUUUGGACAAGAAAAUGAGCGAUACCAACAAGAAAAACUCGAGAUGAUUCCUCAGAACAUUCAGCAUGAAAUCUAUGAUGAAAUUCAUCAUCUUGAUAAAAAAGAGAAAAUGGAAAUAGAUGACAAGAAUGAUUGUGUAGACAUAUAUGAAGCGAUUUCAUCUACCUAUGGCAGCUCUCUGGAAAUUGAAAAAAAAAGUGCACUGGAUGACGAAAUAAGAGAAAUUCGUGCUGCAAAGGAAAAGGAAAACAUAGGAAAUGAUAAAAUUCCAGCAAACACCAUUUUAGCAGAGACAGAUAAACUAGAAUUUGAUUCGAGGUCAGAUGCCACUUUAGAAACUGUUAUCAAACCGACAGAAAACAACAUUCGUACAGGCAUUUAUGCAGAAAAAAAAUCGGAUACAGAUGACGGCAAAUAUGAGUUUAAAGAGCAUUUAAAUGAAAUCCACCGUGAAUAUGGAAAACAUCAAGGCGAUGAUUUACAUGAAUUUAGAUUCGAUAACCAAAAUGUUGAGCCAAAUUUUAAUAACACAUCAGAAUUAUAUGAGCAGAACGAAUCAGACGUUACAAAACACUAUGAUGGACAUAAGGCGGAAUUAAGCGAGGAGAAGCUAAGAGUUUUAGCUCACAAAAGUGAUGAACUUAAUAGAAUAAAAGUUAAUGAAAAUGAAGAAUUUAGUCAUGAAAUUGAAGAUAAAACUGAAUUUGUUUCUGAAGGUAAUAUUAUUUUUGAUAAAAUGGCAGAAAAAAAGGAACAGAAUCAAAUAAACACUAGUUUUAUGGAUGAAAACAUAUCAACUGAAGAAAACAAGCCGCACUUUUUAGAGAAAAAGGAUAAAUGGAACUUGAUAACGGAAACGGAAGAUGAAUCUUCUUUCAAUUAUAAGAAAGAUAAUGAAUUAGAUCCGUCAUCAAAUCAAAGAAAUCUACCGGAAUUUCUAGGGAUUUUGAGGAUUGAAAACGAAAUUACGAAUAAAGAACUGGAAUCUAAUAUGUGGGUGAAGAAGGAUUAUGGCUCAUACGCAUCUGCGCAUAUAGUAAGCGAGGAUGCCUUUAUGCGAAAAGAUAAGCCAGAUAAUUUUAAAAAUGGAAGUAUAAAGCCAAAAGAAGAAACUUUGUUGCAUGAAUUCAAUUACCAAGAAGAAAAUAACAAAUCAGAUAUAUGGAAGAAGAAGGAACUGGAAGCAACGAUGAAGGAAAAUGAAUCCGAUAUAAAAAUCAGACAUAGAGAAAAGGAAAAAUGGGAAAUAGAAGUCCAAUAUAAUCAACCAGAUCAACCCGAUCUUGAAGUAUAUUACAAUGAAAAAUUGACUGAAAAUAUCACUUCUAGAGUUAGUAAACCUUUUAGCGUCCCAGUCGAAAACACUAUGAAAGAAGAAUCCUUUGAAGAAUUCAACAAAGAAAUGCCAGAAAAGGCCAAAGAAAUCAUUAAAAAAACUCCAGAAACGAUUAGUAAUGGAGUCAAUGUAGAAAUUUCGAAAACAAUCACCGAUGAAGUCAGUAAAAAAACUCCACGUAUCCUAGAAGAAGCUGUCAAAAAAAUAACCAACGAAGCCAUAAAAAUUUCCAAUGGAACUAUAAAAAACUUUACUGAAGAAAUUGCUGAAAAGGUUAUCGGACAAGCCGUCGAAUAUCCUCCCAUCGAGCCCGCAAAAGGAGUUAAUAAUGAAAGCAAAAAAGAGAUUACCGAUGGAACUAUCGAAACUGCCCAAGAAUCCACACAGAAAGUUAUCAAGAAUUCUGUAGAAAGAGCUCCUGAAGAAAGUGUAAAAGAAAUUAUCGAUGAAGAUUUAGAAGAAACUGCUUCAUUCAACGUUCGAAAUUCAUUUCAGCUUCAAAGUACCGCUGAUGAUAAAGAACAACUUUUUGUAACGAGUUCAUCUAUUAUGGUGAUAGAAGAUGAUGAAAAUUCAAUGCAAAAUAUCUCAUAUCAAAUUGAAUCAGACGAAUCGGUGGAUAAUGAGAGAGUAGAAAAGGAAUCGUUUGAAAAGGCAAAAAUACUUAUCGAGGAAGUCACGGAUAAUAUAGGACUUAUGGAAAAGAGAAAAAACGAUGAAGUGCUCGGAAAUAUUUCAAUAAGCCAGGAAAAUACUCCUUACGAAGAUAAAAAAUGGAAUGAUUUGAUGCAACCAAAUUUAAGCGAAGAAUUUAAAGCGCAGCAUUGUCCUCAUGAUAGCGAUGAACAAAUGGAAGUAUCAACGCUGAACAAUGCUAUCGAAAAAGAAAUGGAAAAUAGAAAUGUUCUGGAAAUAAAAGAAAUUUUAGUGGAAAGAACCAUUCCUGAUGUUCAAGAAAAUUUGGUGGAAGUUCCUAAAAGCGAAUUUGAAGAAACCUUCUUAAGAAAAGAUUUAGAAAAUGAAAACGAGUUAAACAAAAAAGAUAGCGAUUUUCAUGGUAAAGAGGAUUCAAUCAAGGAAACAAUAUGCGAAGGAGUGGCAAAAAAAGAAGAUGAAGAAGUCCUCGAGAAAUUAUAUUAUUGUGAAUUUAUGGAUGAAUCAAAUGACACGAUGGAUACAACGAUUUUUCAUGAACAUGUCGCAUACAAAAAGUUUUUCGCACCAUCUUAUAACGGUGAGAACAUAGAUGAAGUAGAGUCAUCAUCACCAACCGACUAUAACAUUACAAAAGAUAAAACUAAACCAAAAUGCGAGCAGGAAAAAGCACCUAUCGUAGAAAAACACUCAGUUGACGUCGGUGAAGAGAGAAAUUCAGAUUUAGACCCGCAUAUGGUUUAUUCAAUAUCGGAUAAGAACGUAAAUCAACUUUCUUUAGAUCAAUUAGAUCAAUUGUCUUUCGAAAUUUCAUCAGACCAUGAUGAAUUGUAUCGAAAGCAUGAAAGCACCACACAUGCAGAAUCUCCAGCAACUUUCUCGAACUCAAAAGGUGAUAUUGCCAAUGAUAAGAACCUCAGAAACGAUGAAAUUGUUAAUUCACCAUUAAAAGGAGAAAGUGGAGACUUGAAAAAGUUUUUUUCUCAGGAAUACAUUUCGUUUAGCGGUGCUGCCUUCAGCACAAAUCGUGAUGAUUUCUCAAUCGUCUAA